AUGCCCCACGUCGCCUCCAUUCUCAACUCUCGGCAUAUUCAGGCCCAGGACGAGAAUGGACACACCAUCUUAUAUCUGAUCGUGGAACAAAGGCUUGAACAUCUGAUCGAACCCCUCGCUGAAUGGAUCCGGCAGAGCUCCAUCCCCAAUGUCGAAGGAUGGAUGCCUCUUCAUCAAGCGGUCAGGAACGGUGAUCAACUGAUGGCAAAAGCAAUGAUCCAUGCUGGUUCGGAUAUAUCAGCACAGGAUCAUAGCGGAAGAACCGCCCUUCAUCUUGCCGUCCACGGAGAUGCAAUUGGGAUUGUCCAGUUACUCCUGGAUCACGGUGCAAACCCUUCCGCGGCGGAUUACAACGGAAGGACACCCUUACAUGAGGGCUAUGGACAGAGCAUAACUAUUCUCCAGAUGCUGAUUAAAGCCGGCGCGGACAUUGAUCCCCGACAGAUGCAACGAGGGUUGACCCCCCUUUAUUAUGAAGCUAUCUUAAAUCGAGAAAGCUCUGCCAGGAUCCUUCUUGAGGCUGGGGCAGAUCCUUCUAUUCAAACGUCGACUGGAGAGACCGUAUUGCAGCACGCGACCUUCAGGAAUCACGCUAAUAUUGUGCGACUGUUACUUGAGUGGGGUGUUGAUACCACUGUGCGAGAUGAGCACGGUCUCACCGCAGUUUUGGUUGCUGCGGUUUCCGGAGCAGAUGAAUGCCUACAACUCCUCCUCAAGGCCGGUGCAGAUAUUUCAGUUCUGGACAAUUAUGGACGCAACGCAUUGCAUAUAGCAGCAGGGUGUGGGGAGGAGUCUACAGUCCGACUGCUUCUGAAAAAAGGAUUGGACAGCUCCGCACGGGACAACCGUGGAUACACUCCAAUGUGCUGGGCAUUUGAUCAUGAGAAGAAAGGGGUUAUUCAAAUUUUACAAGAUGCGCAGAAGAACCGAUUUGCGAGGUUUAUGCAGCGAGCGCGCAUCAAACGUUAA